UUGAAAUCACUCAAAAUGAAGAUUUUCUUGAUUGCAUGCUUGUGCUACAUGUUCGUCGCGACAGGUUACGCGAUUCAAUGCUACUAUUGUUUUGACUGCAUCGAUGCUGGAAAGCUAGUUUCUUCUCAACUUAUCAAUUGCUCAAUUUCUCAAGUUUCUUGUGAGUGGAGUUCUUCGAAGGGGAUUGUGACGCGAACAUGUGGCGGAAACUCGUCUGCUAUUACUGGCUGCAAAACAAUGACUGAUGGUAAAAGCACCGGGACAGUUUGCCUUUGCAAAGGGGAUGGAUGUAACGGAGCUGACAUCACACCUACAACCACUGCAGCAGCAACCCAUUCAAGUGCCGGAAGCAUCAAAUCAAGCAUCAUACUUGUAUCCGUUAUCAGCCUUCUCGUUGCUAAAUUUAUUAUUGUUUAGACCAGACAUAACAAAACUAAGGCGAUUGAAAGUAUUGCAUAUAAUUUAUAUUAUAGAUUAUAU